AUGCCCGCGAUUUCGGAUGACGGUAGCUUAUGGAGAUUGUCAUUUUCGGUGCAGGAAAAAAUACUUGUACACUCCUUUAAUUUCACUCAACUUUUGUGUUACGGUUUACUCAAAUUAUCCUUGAAGCAUAUUGUUAACACAAACCAUGAUGUCAAAGAGUUAUUGUGUUCCUACUUUCUGAAAACGGCUUUAUUCUGGGUCUCCGAAGAACAGGAUAUCAACAUAUUUCAAUUACCUAAAUUGUUUUAUUGUUUUUCACUUUGUCUGAAUAAAUUAAUAUCAUGGGUAAACAUUUGCAAUUGUCCAAACUAUUUUAUACCUGAAAACAAUAUGUUCCUUGGAAAGAUAAAUGAGAGUAAUAAUAUGAUUUUGCUAGGGAUACUUGAGAGUAUACAGUCUGAAGGGAUUGGUGGAUUGAUAAUGAGAUUAUUUCCGGCUGAAAAUGAAAAUCACAGUUUAUUAAGUACAAAUAUCGGAUCUUCGUCAACUAUGUUAGACUUCCUAUUUUACAGGAUUAUACACAUCGAUCAACCAGAAAGACACAUUUUAGCGAAUUUUAAAAAGCUUGCAUUUACUGAAUCUUUAAUAAAGUCCGAAUCAUCGACAUUUAUUUUUGAUGUAUGCAAAUUUAAUCAUGCUCAAAUCAGUCAAAUUAUAGCACAACUACUGCCGCCACCAAACACAAAAAAUACCAGGUACAACAUACGCAAAUGUUAUCAUAAACAUUUACAAUGCGGCACAAGGACAGAUGCUGUUUCGGGUUGGUUGUUAUACGCAUCGUUUUAUUAUUUAACAGAACAGUUCCAUAUUGCACUAAGACUAACGGAUUUUGUUCUUUCAAGAUGUUCACCUGAUAUGGUGUUUAAAUGCGAUGAACCAAGCUGCAGACACAGAAUCAUGUACAGACAAAAUGUACAUUCUUCAAUAUCAUUAAAUAAAAGGAUGAAAAUGGCUAUAAUAGGAAAUGUCAGGUACUAUGAGAACUCAUCAUUUAUACCAGAAGAACUACAGCUAGAGGUUGAAAAAGGAAGUAUACACAUACCGCCAGUUAUAAUGUCUUAUUGCCUUAGAUAUCUAUGUUAUCAUCAUCUUGGUGAUAUUUUCAACAGACAAAAGUCUUUACGUGAUUUAUUUUCAACAGUGAAACGAAAAUACUUAAUUGAAAUAUCAGAAUUAUCUGAUUCAAUAACAAUACUUGGAGUAUGCUAUGAGAUAUCAGGUGCUAAAGACAGAGCCUAUCAGUGCUAUGAGGAAGCUUUACAAGUUGAUGAUAAAAUAUCUAGAAGCGCAAAAAUAAGAAAAUCAAAAUUGUUAUUGUAAAAUGUAACAGUUUUAAUGUUAUACCUGAGUUCACUAUAUUGUGAAUUUCACUUUCUUUUAUUUAUAUAACAUUCGUAUCGUAAUGAUACUGACAACAAAGAGUAGGCAUUAAUUAUGUAUGCCUAACUGACAAUAGUUAUAAUCAUGUUAUGACAGUGAAUGAAUAAUUGAUUCAUUGACAUGCUUUUAGUAAAUCAAAAGUAUUAUUAUAGGUGAAAAUGCGACAUCGUUUGAUAUCAAAUGAAGUUAUCUAAUUGCAAUAUAUUAUGCUAAUACUGACUUCGGCGAGUUAAUUAUCAUUAUUUAAAUUAAAUCACGACACAUGAUAUCAAGCGAUAUCCAAUUUUCACCAGUUGUUAAACCUAUUUCUCUUAUGGUCAACUCUCUCAAUGUGUAAAUUUGAUAAUCCCGCGAAAUGUUGAUAUAGUGGCUUUCACGUUCCAGUAUGAUGUCAUACCGGUAUGUAUUUUUGCAGUGUCGAACUUCAACAUCAGACAUUUUAAGACUUGUGUACGCCUCAGUAUGAACUACAAUUUGACAUAAAGAAGAUUGUCAGGUGAAAUGUGUGAGUAUUUUGUCUACUAUUAAAGAAAUCACAUUGAUAUUGCUUUGGACAACAUGUACAUCCGACUGAUUCGUCUUAACCUUUGAAAGACAGUGAUGAUAUUGACCUAACGAAUAGCCAAUGAAAAUGCCAUAACAUCGUCUUGUAAUACUUGAUGAGCCAACCAAAUUAUAGCAAAUUUUCGUAUCAAUUUUUCGUAUCACACUCCGUUCAGUGUGAUACAGGAAAUAUCUAUUCUUGCAAGAAAUAGAAAAUAGAUCACAACCAUGGCUUAUAUCUUUUAUAUGUAUUAUAAAACAAGCACGCGGACCCUUCAUUUAUCAUUUCUGCUUUUUUGUUUCUUUAUUUAUAUACUUUUAAUAAACAUGAUGAACUCAUCAUAUAUACCAGGAUGGAAAUUUCGUAUUUGUGCCAGAUGCGCAUUUUUUUUUUUUUUUUUAGAUUAGUAGCGAAUAUCCUUAAAUAUAAUUUUAAUAUGGUAAUGAACGGCUGGUUAUGCAUAGUAGCUGUUUCUGAUAGACCUCAGCCUGAUGUUCUUAUUCAUGUACAUUUGUAAGACUGUGUUUGAUUUUCUUGCAUUCAAACAUGGAAUUAGAGAUGAAGUUUGGUCUGUUGUGUAGGGUUCUCAUAUCAAAUUAAUUUUCAAGCAGUAAAAAAUAUUAUCAAUUCUUCAUAUGAAAGGUGUUGCUUUCUCUACACAGAGUACAGUGUUCAGUUAGUAUUUUUUUGUAACUAGUUAUCAAAGGUACCAGGAUUAUAAUUUAGUACGCCGGACGUUGAAAUAUAACUUAAGGAUGUUUGCUGCUCUACUUCGAAACAGCAACCUUUUAAAAAAGGCAAUUAUAAAAUGAAAGAACAUAAAUAAAGAAAACAAAACAAAAACAAGAAAUAAAAUAUAGGGUCUUUUGUGCUUGUUAUCAAGAUAUAAGCCCUUGACAAUUUAACGGGAAAUGCUUACUAUAAUUAUGCUUAUGUUGAAGUACACUAAAGGAAAUAUACACAUACCGCCAGUUAUAAUGUCUUAUUGCCUUAGAUAUCUAUGUUUUCCCCAUCUUGGUGAUAUUUUCAACAGACAAAAGUCUCCUACGUGGUUUAUUUUUAACAGUGAAACAUGAACAUUUAAUUCAAAGAUUACAAUUAUCUGAUUCAAUAACAAUACUUGGAGUAUGCUAUGAGAUAUCAGGUGCUAAAGACAAAGCCUAUCAGUGUUAUGAGGAAGCUUUACAAGUUGAUGGUACAAUUUCUAGAAACGCAAAAAUGAGAAAAUCCAAAUUGCUAUUGUAAAAUGUAACCAUUUUAAUGUUAUACCUGAGUUCAAUAUAUUUGGAAUUUUACUUUCUUAUCAUUCAUAACGUUAAUACUCGUAUCGUGAUGACAUUGAAAACAAACAGUAGGCAUAAAGGAUUAGAAUUAUACACAAGAAACUAAAAUUAAAAAUCAUGCAAGACUAAUAAA